UAACUUUGCUAUAAAUAUGCACCACUUAUACAACAUUUAUUUCCAUCCUUCCCUCUUGUACUUCUCUCCUUACAAGUACUUCUCUAUCUCUCUCACUUUCUCUCUGAAACCCUCUGGUUUAGCUUUGGAAAUUAAGCAAAUGGGUGCUCUUGACUCUUUCUCAGAUUACCUUUCCGACUUAUUUACGCUUGCCAAAAAGAAGAGGAAGCGCAAGCCAAUGCAGACAGUUGAUAUCAAAGUGAAAAUGGACUGUGAUGGCUGUGAAAGGAGAGUUAAGAAUUCUGUUUCCGACAUGAAAGGAGUGAAGUCAGUGGAGGUGAAUAGAAAGCAAAGCCGGGUAACAGUAAGUGGGUAUGUUGACCCAAACAAGGUCUUAAAGAAAGUGAGAAGCACAGGGAAGAGAGCUGAGUUUUGGCCUUAUGUGCCAUACAACUUGGUGACCUACCCUUACGUUGCUCAGGCCUACGACAAGAAGGCACCCUCUGGGUUUGUUAGGGACGUGUUUCAAGCACUUCCUAGCCCUAAUGCAGCUGAUGAGAAAUUCACAACCUUGUUUAGCGAUGAAAACCCACAUGCAUGCUCCAUUAUGUGAAAUCACAUGUUUAAAAAUUAGACCUAGCUAGCUGAUCGUUGUAUAAUUUUUGUUUCUGCUUUGGAUGUAGGUUUUGUAUGCUUAAUUACCUUUUGUUA